AUGCCAGUAACGACUCGUAGCCAAGCCAAUACGGAUGCGAACCAAGGCAACGGUCGGCCUCGAGGCGAGAACGAGAUCGAGCAAAACGAAACCCGACCUCCUUUCAACGAGAACGAGGCAGAAACGUUCUACCCUGUCUUCUGCCUCACGGAGAUCCCAGACGAAUAUACCGACGAACUCGUACAAUACACCGACGAGUACUCACGCUGGAUUGGAGUCACCUCCAACGAUCCGAAGAACGUGCUCGCGGACAUCGAGGCCAACGUGGGCAGGUUGAGGCCCACGCCUUUCAUCGGCUACACCAUGCGCCAGGUCUACGGCUUUUUCAAAAGACAUCUCCGACCCGCGGAGAACUACAACGGUCCCGACAUGCGUUUCCCGAAUUUCACUUUCAUCGUCGUCGACGAACGGUGCGUCCGGUCUAGGCCCCGGCAAAUCAUCAUCUGCUGCGACGCUCCAGACUUCGGCGAGAGAAGUACCAAGCUCAAGCUGUUGCGGUUGCCCAUCGACCAGGCGUUGGACAACCUAUGCCCUCUGGAGCAGCUGGCUUUCACCGUGAGCACAAUCGGACAUCCUAGCGGCAAGUCGAGGCUUAUAAUGCCGCCGCCAAGGAGAAUUCCGUGGCCGGAUCGACCAGGGCGAUACAGGUGGGCAACGGCGGCGGAAGCAAGGAAGAUUGUGAGGGGAGCGAUUCGAGGGUGGAAGACGGCAGACGAGGCACUGGGGAAGGUAGAGCCUUUUGCAAUUGCAUCCGGACGGUGA